AUACCCACUACUAGCCAUCAAGCUAGUUAUGGAUGUGCAGGACAGCACCUCGCAAUUUAUACGGCGUCUAUUUCAACAUGAAAAAGAAUCAUAGUUAUCACCUCGUUUGAGUGCAUUUUACUUCAACAAAUUGGAAAGGUCAUUUCAAUUCAAUUCCGGUCGAGUGGCCCCUGAGAAAGCCGAGCCGCGCGAUGCUAUCAGGUGUUAGCAGGUGCUAACCGGGCGGAGGAGCGAGGAGGCGGGCUCCCGGUCAUUAUCAUCAUGCGCGUCCGGGCACGCAUGCACCCACGGCCGCCAACAAGUCAAGCCAUGUCGGAGUGAACCGGGCUUCCGAGAGUGAGCGAGGAGAGAGGCGGAGAGGCGUCGGCUGGAGGGGAGUGUCUUCGGAACCACUCGGGACUACACCAGCAACCAUGGGUGAGCAGCCCAUCUUCAGCACGCGGGCGCACAUCUUCCAGAUUGACCCUACGACCAAGAAGAAUUGGCUCGCCACCAGCAAACAGGCCGUCACGGUUUCUUACUUCUUUGACAGCACCAGGAACGUCUAUCGAAUCAUCAGCCUGGAGGGAUCCAAGGCCGUGAUCAACAGCACCAUCACUCCCAACAUGACCUUCACCAAAACCUCUCAGAAGUUUGGCCAGUGGGCCGACAGCCGCGCCAACACAGUCUACGGGCUGGGCUUCUCGUCGGAAAGCCACCUGAGCAAGUUUGCGGAAAAGUUUGCCGAGUUCAAGGAAGCGGCUCGACUCGCCAAGGAGAAAUCUCAAGAAAAGAUGGAACUCACCAGCACACCCUCGCAGGGCGGCACUGUCAGAAGGAACAUGUUACCUGCCAACAAACCCCUGUUCAAGAAGGAGUCUACCAGCGGCGCUCUACAGUCACCUCUAACGGCGGAGAGCGUAAACGGCACCGAGGACGAGAGAGCGACGGCGUGCACGCCUCAGCCUUCGGAGGCCAGGGCCGAGCCUUCCCAUAACGCGCUUCCCUUUUCACACAGUUCCUCCAGCAUCGGGAAGCACUUAGAGGCCGAGCUGGCAGCGCUGAAGGGCAACAACGCCAAGUUAACGGCGGCGCUGCUGGAGUCCACGGCCAACGUCAAGCAGUGGAAGCAGCAGUUAGCCGCAUACCAAGAGGAGGCGGAGAGGCUUCACAAACGAGUGACAGAGCUGGAGUGCGUGAGCGGCCAAAACACUGCAGUGAAAUCUGAGAAAACGGAGUUGAACCGCACCAUCGAGGAGCUGGAGGCGGCUCUCAAAGCCAAGGAGGACGAGUUGGAAUGUCUCAAAGCAGAGGUGCAGAGUGCCAACCAGUUUCAGUCCCAAAGAGACUCGCUCACACAGAAGCUGCAGGAAGUGGAGCGUCGUAACGAGGCGCUGGAGUUGCAGCUGGGCGAGCUGGAGCAGCGCGUGGACGCCAACCGGCGGGAACGCGAAGUGUUCCGACAGAGUCUGCGCUCGCUGCUGCAGCUGCUCGACGGCAAGAUCUUCGAGCUGACAGAACUGCGGGACGCUCUGGCCAAGCUGCUGGAAUGCAGCUAAGAAGGUAGCUCCGGCUGCUUCCCACUGCCGAGAAGGUCUCCAGAUGUUUACACGCUUAUGGUACUCGCUCACCUUUUUGCCACGCCCACUCGGAUCGUUUACAACGUCCAAGCGAACGGACGGGAUCAUCUCGACGCCUUUCCCGCCGUCACCUUGGAAUUUUUUUCCCCUUUUUUCAUCAUCUGACUUUUAGUAUUUUUUUUUCCAAAUCACAUCAGCCAAAUGAACCAACCAAUGGUGCGAGGACUCGACGACAGUAAAUCUGUGAAGUUGGCCUCCCAUCAGAUGUAAAUUUAUUUCAAAAUGUCAACCGUUUGAGCUACGUUUGUGCUGUAAUAAGUUUCGUUUGUGUUGCUAUGAUGACGUCACUCACAGCUUUUCCAUAUCCCAAACCCUGUGGCUAACUGAACGCACCAACUCUUUCAAUAACAGAGGGGUGUCCCAACAACUAGCGCAAACGUAGCACAAACGAGUUUCACGCCACAAGAUUUUUUCAUCUCGUUUGAGAUAUUAAUUUUGAGAAAUGAUGUCAAUCGCAGCCCGUCCGUCGCAGGUGUUGGAGAGUACCAACUCUGAAUAACGGAGGGGUUUCCCAACAACUAGCGCAAACAUAGCACAAACAAACGGCACCACUUCUGGUCUAUUAUGCAGUAAAUGUAGCUCUGCAAAAUGGACCCGAAGUGGUGCCAUUUAUUUGUGCUAGUUGUUGGGAUACCCCUGUUAUCGAGAGUUGGUACGCGCCGUCAACUGCUGGAGUUAGGAUACUGAGGAGCUGUGAGUGACGUCAUCGCUCAAAAUUAAUAUCUCAAGCCCCCCAUUUAUUGCAAAAAUGACGUGAAAUGGUGCCAUUAGGUUGUGCUACGUUAGCGCUGUAAAAAUAUUUGUUUGUGUUACUAUCGUUUAUCGAUAUUAAGACAUUCAUUUCGAGUGAUGCAGCCCCUCUGUAGCGCACCGACUCUCUCAAUAAUAGACGGGUGUCGCAAGAACUAGCGCAAACGUAGCACAAAUGGAUGGCACUCCUUUGGGUCCAUUUUGCAUUAAAUGGGGGGGCUACGGUCACGACAUUACUCGAAAUUAGUAUCUCAAGCCCCCCCAUUUACUGCAAAAUGGACCCAAAGGAGUGCCAUCCAUUUGUGCUACGUUUGUGCUGUAAAAAUAUUCGUUUGUGUUGCUAUCGAUAUUAAGACAUUAAUUUCGAGUGAUGACGUCAUUUGCAGCCCCUCUGUAGCGCACCGACUCUCUCAAUAAUAGACGGGUGUCGCAAGAACUAGCGCAAACGUAGCACAAAUGGAUGGCACUCCUUUGGGUCCAUUUUGCAUUAAAUGGGGGGGGUACGGUCACGUCAUUACUCAAAAUUAGUAUCUCAAGCCCCCCCAUUUACUGCAAAAUGGAACCGAAAUGGUGCCAUUUGUUUGUGCUACGUUUAUGCCGUAAAAGGUUUCGUGUUUGUCGCUAUUGUUCUGUAGCUAUUGAGAGAUUUUGAGUUAUGACGUCACUCGCAGCGUUUCUCUAGCCCCCUUCCCGCGUUGGUGACUGAGGGUACCAACUCUCUCAAUAACAGAGGGGUGUCCCAACAACUAGCUCAAACGUAGCACAAAUGAACGGCACCACUUUGGGUCUGUUUUACAGUAAAUGUGGGGCUUGAGAUUUUAAUUUUGAGUGAUGACGUCACUCGCAGCAUCCUCUGCAAAACUUAAGUUGAAGUGUUGCCAUUUAUUUAUGCUAGUUGUUGGGAUACCGCUGUUAUCAAGAGAGUUGGUAUGCUCCGUCAGCCCCUGGAGUUUGGAGGCUGAGAAGCUGCGAGUGGGUUGUGCUUGUUUGUGCUGUAAAAAAUUUUGUUUGUGUUGCCAUCGUUUUAUAGAUAUUGACAUAUUACAUUCGAGUGAUGACGUCAAUCGGGUCCAUUUUGCAUUCAAUGGGGGGGGGGGGGGCUGCAAGUCAGGUCAUCACUCGAAAUCAAUAUUUCGAGCCCCGUUUACUGCAAAAUGGAACUGAAAUGGUGCCAUUUGUUUGUGCUGUAAAUUUUUUUGUGUUAUCGUUUAUAGAUAUUGACAUACUAAUUUCGAGCAAUGACGUCACUCGCAGCUUUUCCGUACCCCCUCCCCCCUGCAGCUGUUGGAGCGUACCAACUCUCUCAAUAACGGGUUUCCCAACAACUAGUGCAAACAUAGCACAAACGACUUUAACGCCACAAGAUUUUUUUUUUAAAUCUCGCUUGAGAUAUUUCAAGUAAUGUCAAUCGCAGCCCUUCCGUCGCGGCUGACCGAGCGUACCAACUCUCUCAAUAAGAGGGGUUUCGCAAUAACUAGUGCAAACGUAGCACAAAUGAGUUUCACGCCAAGAUUUUUUUUAUCUCGCUUGAGAUAUUAAUUUCGAGUAAUGACGUCAAUCGCAGCCCCUCUGUCGCUCUGACUGAGCGUACCAACUCUCUCAAUAAAAGAGGGGUGUCCCAAUAACUAGCGCAAACGUAGCACAAAUUAUCUCGCUUAAGAUAUUAAUUUUGAGUAAUGACAUCAAUGGCACUCCUUUGGGUCCAUUUUGCAGUAAAUGGGGGGGGGGGGGGGGGCUGCGAGUAACAUCAUCACGUGAUAUUAUCUCAAGCCCUCCAUUUAUUGCAAAAUGGACCCGAAAUUGUACCAUUAGUUUGUGCUACGUUUGUGCUGUAAAAUGUUUGUUUGUGUUGCUAUCAUUUUAUAGAUAUUGAGGUAUUAAUUUCGAGUAAUGCCGUCAAUCGCAGCCCUUGUGUCGCUGCCUGACAGAGCGUACCAACUCUCAAUAACAGAGGGUUGUCCCAACAACUAGCGCAAAUGCAGCACAAACGAAUGGCACCCCUUGUGGUCCAUUUUGCAGUAAAAUGGGGGGGCUACGAGUCAUGUCAUCAAUUUAAAAUUCAUAUCUCCAGCCCACUCUGGACCCCUCUGUUACUGAGAGAGUUGGUACGCUCCGUCAACCGCGGCAGUUAGAUAUGGAAAAGCUGUGAUGUCGUCGCUCGGAAUUAAUAUGUUAACAUUUAUAAAACAAUAGCAGCACAAACGUAGUGUAAACUAUUGGCUCCAUUUUGCAAUAAAUGGGGGGGGGGGCUGCGUGAUGUCAUCACUCGAAAUUGAUAUCUCAAAAACGAUAGCGCAAACUAAUAUUUUCACACCACAAACGAAGCAUAAACUACGCCAUUUUUAAUCAAAAUGGAGGGCUGGUUGACUUCAGAUUGCCCUAUAAAAGAAUUGUAAAUACCUUAACAAUAACAGAACAAACAAAACUUUUUACAGCACAAACAAUUGACAUCAUUUUUAUAUCAAUUUGCGUCUUAUGGGAAGGGGGCAACUUCACGGAGGUGAUGACGGUACACCGUUUUCUAGUGGAUGGCGAGCGGCAAUACAAAGAGGAAGACGCGGACGAGGGUUAGCGUCGCUUUCAGGUACUUUGCUUUCAAUUACGCGGCGAAAACUGUGAGUUUAUCUCCAAAGUUAAGUAUUUAUAAACUGGCAAUAUUUUUCAACUAUUUAUCAAAUAACUAAAGCUUGUUUUUUGUUUUUUUUGCCAAAUGUUUUUUUUUUUUUUUUUCAUGUACAGAAAAUAAUGUAUUUUGCUGACGUUGCCUUUUUGGUCAGUUUUUUUGAUUUGUUGCCAAAAAAAAAAAAAAAAAAGACAAAUGAGAAACAUUGCGAAUUUAAGGGCUGGUUGAAUUGAAAAAUCGAUGGAAAAUGGUCGUUUUUUGAGUCUAAAGACCAUCAAAAAACAUUUUUUUCUUCAUAAUUUAAAAUAAAGCAAAAAAAAAGUCAUUUUUUAAUGAAAAUAGUUGUGUAUAUUUUUUUCUGGAAAUGGUUUUGCGUGCGUGUUUAUGAAAUACGUCACUUUUGAAAAAUGUUUAUUUUCAAUGAAAAGGAAGCAUGGACAACAUUUAAAAAGGAAAAAAAAAAAAAAACACAAAUUUUUGUUUUUUAAUAAUCUGAAGCAUCAAUAAAUACUUGAAUACACGGAGGCAUGCAGAUAUAUUUUUUGGUACGCGUUCAUCAACACGUGGCUUAAUAUUAUUAUUAUUAAUAUUAUUGCACAUCUGCUGUGAGGUCCCGAGUACAAACUCUUGUCAAAAACUUCAAAAUACAAACCAUCACAAAACAGACGACGAGCAGAACUCCAAAAUAAAAACCGCCUAGCGACAACGUUAGCAUUUUAAAAGAAGUUUGGACUCGCAUUUUCAGUUUGGAGUCCAUAUUUGUGUUGUUAGCGCUGUGACGCUAAGGCUAUGCUAACUUCCGAUGCUUUGUGGUAAAACGGUACGUUGAACACAUGAUGGGAUCGACGUUAAAAACAAAUUGGUCACACACACGCGCGCAUGGAAUAUAUAUUUAUAUAAAUGUGUGGAGGGGGAAAAAAACACCCUGAAAAACAAAAUGUGAGUACAAAAUUGGUGACAUUUUUUUUUAAAACAGAAUUUGCUUCCCAAUUUUAACAUGAGCUUUAAAGCUAUUAAUAAAAUAAUAGGUUAAACUUAUUGUUGCCUAAAGCAGAGGUGUCAAAACUAUUUUGGUUCGCAAUUGGAUCUCAUGUAGGCCGGACUCGUUUAUUUUAUGGCCAAAUAAGUAAACUCGCUGACUGCCAUUUAUGUCCAAUCCAUUUCAGGUGCCGCCCCUGUAGCAUUAGGUUAAUGCUAACGCUAUGAGUUACAUUUAGUGUGUGCUGCAACGAUUAAUCGAUUAACACGAAGUCCCAGAGAAUUCUGGUACUCCUACUAGUCCCAAGCAAUGGCCGAUAUGGCCUCUCCCCCGGAAAACCCAGAGGUGGCAAAAAUGACCCAAGUGUUUCUGAAUUGGCAAGUCGUUGUCUGAUAGACAACAGCCGUUCAUAUGGAAAUGCAACCCGACAUACAUUAACUUCAGACACAAUGACCACAAUCCAUUCUCCAUGCUCCUGAUUCAGUCCUGCUAAACUAUAGACACAAUUCCUGCUUUACACUCAAAUUACAGAUCUAAAACACUUUUUUUUCUUCAAAACAAAUGCACACAUUUGAGCCAUUCUUUCUGUCGUUAUGUGUGGAGUAUAGAAGUGAAUUAAAAAAUGCUUAAAAAGUGUCAAACUUCAUAAAUAAAUGUAGCUUGACUUGAACUGACACAAACUAUCACGAGUCGCAGAGGAGAGGCCAAAUCGGCCAUUGCUAGGGAAUAUUAGGAGUGUUUGUCUUGGGAAAGGCCAAGUCGGCCUGCUGGGUUUUGUAGUGUUAACUGUUAAAUUUUGCUGCUUCGAGUAUUUGUUUAAUGAAAGUGGCGUUGUAAUGGUUUUGAAAGUGUUUGCAUUUAACUUUAUUUAUUUGGGUGGAUACACUGCCCUCUAGUCUGCCCGAUUUGCCAUGGCUGAAUCCAGCUUCUCCCUGUUAAGACCAACAUAAGCUGUUUUUGUUUAUUGCAUUCGUAAUUUAGUUUAUAGGUAUAUUUAGUAGGGCUGUCAAACGAUUAGAAAUUUUAAUCGAGUUAAUUACAGCUUAAAAAUUAAUCGUCAUUAAUCGCAAUUCAAACCAUCUAUAAAAUAUGCCAUAUUUUUCUGUAAAUUAUUGUUGGAAUGGAAAGAUAAGACACAAGAUGGAUAUAUACAUUCAACAUACGGUACAUAAGGACUGUAUUUGUUUAUUAUAACAAUAAAUCAACAAGAUGGCAUUAACAUUCUGUUAAAGCGAUCCAAGACCUGUAGUUCUUAAAAGAACAAUGUUAGUACAAGUUAUAGAAAUUUUAUAUUAAAACCCGUCUUAAUGUUUUCGUUUUGAUAAAAUUUGUAAAAUUUUCAAUCAAAAAAUAAACUAGUAGCCCGCCAUUGUUGUCAAUAAUUACUUACACAAUGCUCAUGGGUGUUGAAGCCUAUAAAAUCAGUCGCACCCAAGCGCCAGCAGAGGGCGGCAAAACUCCAUAAAACACAACAAGUGAGCGUUUCACUGUACUGUCAUAUAAAUCUUGUCUGAGCGGGGAAUCUGCGUUAAUUGCGUCAAAUAUUUUAACGUGAUUAAUUUUUAAAAAUUGACGCCCGUUAAUGCGAUAAUUUUGACAGCCCUAUUUUUUUGUAGGAAUAUGUGUUUGA